AUGGGGAGGAUAUGUGUAGUUGAUUAUGUCUGGGAUCAAGUUAGAGGCAAGAGGGGGUUCAAAUCAUAUGAUUACGAAAAGCUGAAAACCGAGAUUUAUAAGUUGGUUAAUAAUCCACCAACAGUGAGCACAGAAGAGCUCGUUAAUUGGGCCAAGGAGUGUCAUACAAAUGUAUCAAUCCAUGCGUUUGACUCUACGUAUAAGAAGUUUUUGGCAAUUACAAAUACAAAUACGAUGACAAAUGUAACCCUAGUUUAUUAUGUGAAAGAUCAUCAUUGAUUGGUCACGAUUCACGCAUGUGAAAGGUCAAACCACAAAUCUCAGAAAAACGAAGAGAAGUUUUUUCGUGAAAAAAUCGACGAGAACAAAGGAAAACCGAAGGGUGUCUGGAGAGCUCUGAAAUCGUUAAGCGGGACAAGUAAACCUCGAGUUCGUAUCAACGAAAUAACUACAGAAAAUGAAGUUGUCAGCGACGAAGCCGUCAUUGCAAACGAGCUAAACGAGUACUUUGUUAACAUCCUAAAACAAAUUGGUAACAACAACGAUGCUGGCGGAGAUUUUGAAAACAAAAAGCUGAAAAACUUUGUUCACUCAAGAUUAAACGUAGAUACGGUUUACAACAUUCCUCUAUUAACGAUUAAGCAAACCUUUGCCAUUACAGAUAAAAUCUCUAGUAACAAGGCCUCUGGGUACGAUGGCCUAAGCGUACGUGUACUGAAGAAAAUUGCACCAGUGUUUGCAACUCCUUUAUGCAAAUUACUUAAAAUUUCAAUAUCGACAAACAGUUUUCCUAACCACUGGAAAAUAGCUAAAGUCACACCACUGCACAAAGGUGGAGCACGAAAUGAUAUCAACAAUUAUGGCACCAUAUCGGUUUUACCUAUCCUUUCGAAAAUUCUCGAAAAGCACGUGGCCAGGUCUCUAUCUGUUUUCUUACACGAUAAUAACUUAUUAUACUAGCUGCAAUCAGCCUUUAGGUCAGGGCACCCAACUGAAACAGCCAUGAUCGGACUCACGGAUCAGAUUCUUAAAAAGAUGAACAGUGACGAAGUAACCGGUCUGGUUUUUAUAGAUUUCCAAAAAGCUUUUGAUGUGAUUGAUCGUGAACUUCUUCUAAAAAAGUUGUCUAUCUAGGGUGCUACCCCUUCUUCUGUUGCCUGGUUCAAAUCCUACUUGUCUGAGAGGAAGCAGCUUAUUUCGUUAGGGAAAACUACGUCUAAACAGUUGACGGUAAAGCAAGGUGUGCCCCAAGGAUCAAUCCUAGGUCCGGUGCCCUUCCUUUUGUUUGUCAACGAUAUGCCCCUCCACGUCCAAAAGUCAACUGUGGACAUUUAUGCAAAUGACGCCACCUUAUAGUUGAGUUCAAACUGGAAAACCCUGCCAUUAUUAAAUCAAUCUUUGUCACAGGACCUGAGUGAAGUAGAGAGAUGGGCUAGAGAGAACAAAAUGUAUAUGAAUAUGCAAAAAACUAAAGCUUUGUUGGUGAUGGGGAAGCGCCUACGAGAGCGCAUGGUCCAAGAUACAGGAAAACUGGGAGUAAAAACGGAUAACGCAGAAGAAGUCGCAAACCAUAAACUUCUUGGUAUGAUCAUUGAUGAAGAUCUAACUUACAAAGUGCAUGUGGAUAAACUCUGCAACAAACUUUCAAAGCGACUCGGCCUUUUACGCCAUAUUAGCCCCUACUUACAGAAAAACCAGAGGAUAAUCUAUUUUAACGCAGUAAUUAACCUCUUAUGAUGUAUGCAAGCACAGUAUGGACUUCGUGCAACAACGAGGUACUUGAGAGAGUUUUCCGUAUGCAGAAACGGGCCGCACGUAUUAUUCUUGAAGCACAACGCACAAGUCGAACAGUAACAUUAUUUAACAACCUAAGCUGGAUCCCCUUUUAUAAUGAAGCGUGUAUUAAACAUUGUAAACUGGCCUUUAAAAGGAUAAAUGGUAGUCAGCUACCCGACUAUUUAAGCGCAUCUCUAAGAAAAAACUCCGAUGUUCACUCAAGAAACACGAGAAAUUGUAAUGUAAACUUAUUGUCCCCUCUUCACAGGAACAUCUCGGAGGGAGGACGCACCUUUGCUGUAAGAACUGUAAAGGGCUGGAACAAUCUACCCCGAUCACUAAAAACAAAGAAGUCUUUGAAAUCCUUUAAGGCUGAAUUAUGGAAAAUACUUUUAAUUUCUCAGAGGUCAAAAGGAUCGUUUGACCUAAAUUAAUGAAAAUAGAUGGAUAUUGGAUGCUCUUCGUUUUUAAUAGUUUUUUAUUUUUAUCGAAUUCUAGAAAUUUUUUUAUCGUAAAUAAUAAUUUAUUGCUAAUGUAAUUUUUAUAAGUUGUAUUUUUAUAUUUUUAGAGGGCUACAAGUUGAUCAGUAAUGUUCAGUUACUGUUACGUGUCACCCUCAUAAAAUAAAGUCUCUUACCUUACCUUACCUUACCUUAUUGUUUUCCCUAACGGACCAACGAUUGAAAAUUGCCGCGUCAAAAGUGAAUCAAGGAGGAAGCUCCAACCUUUCGAAGCGUAUGGCUGAUUUAACAUGGAUGAGAAGACAUGAAAAUAUCCAUCAAAUUGAAACUGUUCACGAGAUCAAUAGUCAAGGAAAAGAGAAUCACAUCAUCAUUCUACCAGAAGAAAUAAAGAUGCCUUUUGCGAUCAAUCACUAUAUUGCACAAUCGAACUACUAUAUCGAAUAUCUCCAUUGGAAUAACAAUGGAGUUCUGGAUCGAUUUUUUGAUCACAAAAAUAAUAUGAUUAUGUUAAACGACGAAUAG